CUUCACAAAGUCUGGAAAUUCUGAUUAUCAUUUUAUUUGACCACAGAUUAUUGACCUAGAUUUCGCUUUUCGCUGACUAGAUUUCGUGUAAAAUGCAGUCGUUGAAAACUGAAAAUCUGCCGGAGAAUCCUCGAGAGCGAUCAAACAUUAUAUCGGCACUAUGUUUUUGGUAUACCAUGCCCACUUUCAUGAAGGGACGCAAGAAAACAUUGGUUGCAAAGGACCUUUACAGGCCCUUGAGGGAGCACAAGUCGGAUGCCCUUGGCAACAAAUUAUGCAGUUCCUGGGAACAAGAACUCGAGAGUCAUAAGGAGGACUCCAGUUUACUGAGGACUCUUCUGCGGGUAUUCGGCUGGAACUUUGUCUACCUUGGCCUAGUUCUCUUCAUCGUUGAGGUCAUACUGACGGUACAACCCAUAUUCCUGGCCAAGCUCAUCUCGCACCACUCCCACAACUCGGAGUCCAUGGAGGCGGCAUAUGCCUAUGCGGCUGGAAUAAUUUUGUGCACUGCCUUUAGCGUAAUCCUCUUACAUCCCUACUCCUUUGCCAUCACUCAUCUGGGUCUCAAGAUUCGGGUGGGUGUGAGCAGCAUGGUCUACAGGAAAGCCCUUCGUCUAAGCAAGACGUCCCUCGGCGAAAUUACUGCCGGGCACAUAAUGAAUUUAAUUUCCAACGACCUGGGCCGCAUGGACACUUUCAUCCAAUUCACGCACUACCUUUGGUUGGCUCCACUGCAGACACUGGUGGUCACCUACCUUAUGUACCAAGAGAUUGGAAUCUCCGCCGUGUUAGGCGUGUCCUUUAUGGUGCUCUUCAUACCCCUGCAAAUGUAUCUGGGUAACAAGAUUUCGGAGCUGCGACUGAAGACCGCUCUUCGGACGGAUAAACGGUUGCGGAUGAUGACCGAAAUAAUCUCCGGGAUACAGGUAAUCAAAAUGUAUGCCUGGGAGCUGCCAUUUGAGCGGAUGGUGGCCUACGCACGCGAGAAGGAGAUCAAUACCAUCCGGCACAUGGGCUACAUAAAGAGCAUUCUCUCAUCCUUCCACAAUUUCCUCACCCGCGUAUCCAUAUUCCUCAGUUUGGUGGGAUUUGUUCUACUGGGCCAGUUCCUCACGGCGGAAGUGGCCUUUCUAAUCACCGCCUACUAUAACGCUCUGCGCACAAAUAUGACCGCCUUUUUCCCAUUGGGGAUCACACAAACGGCAGAGACCCUCGUUUCCAUGAAGCGUGUGGAGAAGUUCUUGAAAUCCGGGGAGACGGAGGUCUCGAAUGACAGGGUGGAAUGUUCCAAAGCAGGAGGAGAACUCGAUGAGGCUGAGACGAAACUGUUAGGAACUCCUCUUCCUGCCACUUCCACUGAUAAACAGAAUCAUUCAAAUGCGUACCUAUCCAUAACUGGACUCACAGCCAAGUGGGAUACCAACUCACCCGAUUACACACUGAAUGGAGUAAGUCUGCGGGUCGAACCUGGCACUUUGCUGGCCAUUGUGGGUCACACUGGCUCCGGAAAAUCCAGUCUAAUUCAAGCCAUUCUGGGUGAGCUACGAGCCGAAUCUGGCGAGAUAAAGGUAAACGGAUCGAUGUCCUAUGCCCCCCAGGAUCCGUGGCUCUUCUCCGGCACAGUGCGUCAAAAUAUCCUCUUUGGCCUUCCCAUGGACCGUCGUAGGUACAACUCGGUAGUAAAGAAGUGCGCUCUGGAACGAGACUUUGAGCUGCUUCCACUCAAGGACAAAACUAUAGUGGGAGAUCGUGGAGCUUCCCUGUCGGGUGGACAGAAGGCGAGGAUCAGUUUGGCUAGGGCUGUCUACCGGGAUGCCUCCAUCUACUUGCUAGAUGAUCCGCUGAGUGCGGUGGACUCCAAUGUGGCACGGCAUCUCUUUGAUCAUUGCAUGCGCGGUUAUCUGCGCGACCGCAUUGUCAUCCUGGCCACCCAUCAGCUGCAGUUCCUGCAUCAAGCCGAUCAGAUAGUGGUCAUGGAUAGGGGAUCGGUGGGUGCUGUUGGCACCUAUGAGGCGCUCCUCAAGUCAGGAGUGGAUUUCGGCAGCAUAUUGAGUAAUACAGAGCCGGAAAGUAACGAGGAGCCGGAGGAGGUACGAUCAAGAACCUCCAGUGUCACAGACCAGCGGCGCAACAGUGUGAAAUCUGUGCUAUCCAAUGCGGAAUCCUGUCCAGAGGAUGCUUCGGAGGAACAAGUGAUCAACCAGAAGCCACAAGAGGCGGGACAAAGCGGCUUGGGAGUGUACUUGGAUUACUUCAGGGCAGGAGGUGGUCUCUUCGCCUUCCUCAUAAUGCUAAGUUUUUAUUUGGGAGCCGAGGGCCUGGCCAAACUUGGAGACUACUUCCUGACUUUCUGGGUCUCCAAGAAACGCAAUAUGGUUGUUCAAGAAGGAACACCAAGCUCUGAAGUGGUGGAUACAAGUUUUCUGUCAUUCCUGCGAAAUCUCGGCUUACCUUCGAAUGUUGAAAUGCUGGACACCUAUAUGUUCAUGCUGAUCACAGUGCUGACCGUUGUUGUGACCGUUAAAAGAUCCUUUCUGUUCUACAACUUGGCAAUGAAGGCAUCGGUUCGGUUGCACGACUCUAUGUUUCGUGGAAUCUGUCGAGCUUCCUUGUACUUUUUCAACACGAACGCUUCGGGUGGUAUUCUGAAUCGCUUCUCCAAGGACAUGGGACUGGUCGAUGAAAUGCUGCCCACUUUAAUUAUGGCCGUCAUCCAGGGCUUUCUUUCGCUGGCCGGCACUAUCCUUGUGAUAUCCAUUGUCAAUCCCUUGUUCCUCAUACCCGCACUAAUACUUGGUGUUCUCAUCUUUCACAUGCGCACCAUUUAUCUGAAAACUUCGCGGGCUGUUAAGCGUUUGGAAGCCACUGCUCGAUCUCCGGCGUACUCUCAUUUGACUGCUUCUCUGACCGGUCUUUCCACGAUCCGUGCCUUUGGAGCCCAGAGAAUUUUAGAGGCGGAGUUUGAUGGUUACCAAGAUAUGCACAGCUCCGCCGCCUACAUGUUCAUUAGCACCUCGCGCUUCUUUGGCUAUUGGAUGGACAUGUUCUGUAUGCUCUAUAUAGCGAUCGUCACGCUGGGCUUCUUCAUCUUUCCGCCGGCCAAUGGAGGCGAUGUGGGUCUGGCUAUAUCACAGGCCAUAGGCUUGAUGGGCACAGUCCAGUGGGGUAUCCGUCAGUCAGCUGAGUUGGAGAACAACAUGAUUUCCGUGGAGCGAGUAACUGAGUACGAAGACAUUGAGUCGGAAGGAAUACUCGAAGCCCCAGCUGAUAAGAAGCCACCUAAGUCGUGGCCAGAGCAAGGAAAGAUAGUGUUUGAUGAGCUAAGCCUGCGCUAUUCGCCGGAUCCGAAGGCGGAGACUGUGCUCAAGUCACUUAGUUUCGUCAUCAAGCCAAAGGAAAAGGUGGGCAUUGUGGGACGCACUGGGGCGGGCAAGUCCUCGCUGAUAAACGCCCUCUUCCGACUGUCCUUCAACGAUGGAACCGUGCUCAUAGACAAGAGGGACACAGGUGAGAUGGGUCUGCACGACCUGCGCAGCAAGAUCUCCAUUAUUCCCCAGGAACCCGUUCUGUUCUCUGGCACAAUGCGACACAACUUGGAUCCCUUUGACGAGUACAGCGAUGAGAAGCUCUGGCACUCCUUGGAGGAGGUCAAGAUGAAGGAUGUGGUGGCCAAUCUGGCCACUGGCCUAGAGACCAAGGUCACCGAGGGAGGAAGUAACUUCAGCGUGGGCCAGCGCCAGUUGGUCUGCUUGGCUCGGGCCAUUCUGCGCGAGAAUAGAAUCCUUGUGAUGGACGAGGCCACGGCCAAUGUGGAUCCCCAGACGGACAGCCUCAUCCAGGCAACCAUUCGGAACAAGUUCAAGGAGUGCACUGUCCUGACGAUUGCCCAUCGACUGCACUCCAUCAUGGACUCGGACAAGGUAAUAGUUAUGGAUGCCGGCCGAGUUGUGGAGUUCGGCUCGCCUUACGAACUACUGACUGUGGCUGAUUCCAAGGUGUUCCACGGCAUGGUUAAGCAGACGGGGCAGACUAAUUACGAAGGUCUCCAGAAGAUUGCUCAAAAAGCUUUCGAAGAUGCCCAGAAUCCGAGGCGCAGCUUUUCUUCUUAAAGACCCGCAAAGUUAUAGUUAAAAUGAAAUCUACCUCAACAAUUAGUUUAAAAAUAGUUUUUUACAAUAAAUAAAAGCAA